GGCGUGGGGUGCCUGGCGGCGCCCAUGUCGCUGAUGAAGCCGCCAACGCCCACAUCAAUGGCGCUAGCAAUGCCCCCGAUGCCGCCGCGCACGCCUGCUCCACUCCUGCUGAGACACUGCUCGAUGGACGCCGAUUCGGAUGAGGAGAAGGAGCAGAUGGCCUUGGACGAGGACGAUGCCGCCAUCGAUGUCGAGGCCGAUGAGGAGCACGAGGCUGAAACGAUGCACGAGUCAACUCCCAUCGGGUCAUCGACUCUAGCUCUGCCAUUGCCUCUGUCUCUGCCACUGAUGGAGGUAAGCACAAAGAGCGGCAAUUGCCUGGAACGCAACGAGAGUCUGGGCACCGGCUCAACUCAGUCGAUGGAGGCCACUUCCACUUCCUCUUCCGCUGCCGAUUCUGCCGCAGAUGCGGAUAAAUCGAUGAACCAGAAGGCUUACUGAGACGAGCCGGGCCGAAUAACCGUGGCGAACAGUCCACACCAAUUGGUUUCAACGCAAUCCAAGUAAAGGCUUACCCCAGUCCCCCUUGACAUCCCCUAACGAAAUCUAUAAAAGUUUUUGAUAGUUUGUUCCUAAAACUCUUGUAAAUACUCACUUACUGUCAGGUGGGGCGGGACGGGGCGGGGCUAAUCCCGCACAACUACUCUACUAUUCUCCUACGCCCAGUAAACGUAAAUGUAAAUGUGUCUCUUGCUCAAUAAGAUUUAGGCUUGUAAAUUGUUCGUGCGUUUUGCUUUUAGCGUAGCCAAGACCCCCUCCACCAUGUACAUAUACCAUAUAUAAAUAUACCUUAUAUUAAAGGUGGGGUGUGGGCAGUUCUGAACCCCUUUUGUUUCUGCUUCGAUAUCUUUAAAUUGCUGGUCAAGUGUAAGUGCAGCUCGAUAUGCUACCAUGAUUGUUAGUUAAGUGUUAUUCGUAAACAGAGAAUGGAUUGAUGGGAGGCGCAAUGUGUCAAGCAACUACCAAAUAAUUAGUUAAAUUAUUUCUAAUUUUAAUCGAAUGUUAAGAUAAUCCAAAACUAAACAGAAACCAAACCAAACUCAAACAAACAAACAUGAAAACACACAUGAAAUGCUUAUAAAUAUACAUAUAACAAAUUAUA